GCGGGGGCGGUUGCUUAGUUUCUGCCCCACGACCAGCGCAUUCGACUGUGCCAGGCAGCAAGCGACGAUAGCUGCCCAUCGCAUUCUCAACCAAAUGUUCACCUUCAACGACAGAUAAGUGAAGCACGACCAGUGCCGAUGCGGCAGCCCUAAACGAUGAAUGCGAGGGAGCGGCGGCUCGCUGCGAGAGCUGCGGAGCGGGAGAAGGCAAAGGCGGCGCGUCCCGCCACGAAACCCGACGCCGUCGGCGACACGCCCGAGGACCGCGAGGCGCAGAAGCAUGCCUACACCGCCGCCCUCGAACGGGACCGCGCGGCGCGCGAGCGGGCCCGCGCCGACGAGGCCGCGCAGCAGAAGCAGGCCGAGGCGGACUUCGCGUCCAAGUUCGCGGCGCCGUCGGGCGCCCUCGGCGGCGACGCGAAGAUCGCCGCGCGGAAGGAGCACCUGAAGCGGCAGAAGGACGCCUACGAGCAGCGGCGCCAGCAACUGGUCCAGCGCGUCGCGAGCCCGCCGCCGCCGACGCCGCCGGCGGCGCCACGGCCCGUCGAUCCCCUGCGCGACGCGCCGCCGCCGCGCGGCGGCGGCCUGCUGGACGCGCCGCGGAACGCGCCGGCGCCGCGCCCCAUCGAUCCUCUCCGCGACGCGCCGCCGCCGCGCGGCGGCGGCCUGCUCGACGCGCCGCCGCCGGAGCGGCCCCGGGACCCGUCGCCCAUCUUCGGCGGCGACGCCGGCGGCCGCGCGCCCGCGGCGGACCCGAAGGCGGCCUACGCGGCGCAGCUUCGAGCGCAGAUCGCGGACGACGCGCGGCGACGGCGGCCCCAGGACCGGCCGCGGGACCCGUCGCCGGUCUUCGGCGGCGACGCGCCGGCGGCGCGCGGGCCGCCCGCCCGCGACCCCAAGGCCGAGUACGCCGCGCAGCUCCGCGAGCAGAUGGCGGAGAACGCGCAGCGGCGCCAGCCCCAGGACCGGCCGCGGGACCCGAGCCCGAUCUUCGGCGGCGACGCGGCGCCCGCGCGCGGCGCGCGGGACCCCAAGGCCGAGUACGCGGCCCAGCUGCGGGAGCAGAUGGCGGAGAACGCCCAGCGGCGGCAGCCCCAGGACCGGCCGCGGGACCCGAGCCCGAUCUUCGGCGAGCCGAGCAAGCCGGCCCGGGGACGGGACGCCAAGGCCGAGUACGCCGCGCAAUUGCGGGAGCAGAUGGCCGGCGACGCGAUCCGCCGGCGCGACGCGGGCGAGAAGCCCCGGGACCCGAGCCCGAUCUUCGGCGAGCCGAGCCGGCGGCCCCCGGGCGGCCAGUUGUCCAAGGACGAGUACGCCGCGGCGCUCCGCGAACAGAUGGCCCACAAGGACCGCGCGGCGCCCGCGAGCCCGCGGGGCGCGCAGGACGGCUUCGGGCGCGACGUCUUCGGGAACGAGCGCAAACCGAUGAGCAAGCAGGCCUACGCCGCCGCGCUCCGGGACCAGAUGGACGACCGGUCCAAGGGGCCGGCGAGCCCGCGGAAUCGCGACCCGAGCCCCAUCUUCGGCGAGCCGAGCCGCCGCGACGCCUUCGGCAACGAGCGCGCGGCCGUCGACAAGCAGUCCUACGCCGCGCAGCUGCGGGAGCAGAUGGCGCAGGACGCGGGCCGGAGGGACGCGGAGCGCGCGCGGCGGCGCGACGCGUCGCCCGAGCCCUUCCCCGGCGGCGGCGGCCUGAACAUCGGCCAGCACCCGCCGCCCCGGCAGCCGCGUUUCGACCACGGUGCGCCGCCCGUGGCGCCGGCGGCCGUGGCGCCGCAGCCCGGCGAGGCGGCGCCGCCGCAGACGACGAAGACGCCGCCCGGCUACAAGGUCGGCCCGACGGGGCAGCUCGUCCGCGUGGACCCGCGGGACAUGCGGGGCCGCCAGUACGCCGAGGCGGCCAUGCUGCGCCACGUGUCGCCGCUGCGCGGGGCCCGCGGCGCGCCGCCGGGCGACCGGCCCGAGCCGGAGGCCGACGCGCCCCUCUUCGGCCACGACGGCCGCGACGACGAGGACGAGAAGAAAAGAAAGGGAAAUUUGUGGAAGCACCAGCUCGAGGUCGACAUGCGCGAGCGGGAGGCGCAGAAGAAGAUCAAGGACCGCGAGGAGAAGGCGCGCGCGGACGCCGAGGAGGCGCGCCUCGCCCGGGAGCGCGCGGAGAUCGACGCCGCGUACGCCAAGGAGCAGGAGAAGCAGCGGCAGCAGCAGCAGCGCGAGGAGGACCAGCGCCAGGUCGCGCGCGACCUCGAGGAGCGGCGCCUCAAGCGCGAGCGCGAGGCCGAGGACCAGCGGCGGCGCGACGCCGAGGACGACGCGAGGGUCGCGCGCGAGCAGCGCGAGCUCCAGGUCAAGUUCGAGACGGAGCGGCGCGCGUCCGUCGCGCGGCAGACGACGGCGCGGCAGUACGCCGACUCGGAGAUGACCGACGGCAUCGAGUCGCGGCCGCGGACGGUGCCGCCCGCGUCGACGCGUCCCACGACGCGCGGCGACGGCGACGACACCGCGCCGCCGUCGCCCGCGGCGUCGCGCGGCUCGUCGCGCGGCGGCCGGCGCCGGCGCGAGGAUCUCUUCGGCGACCCCGCGGAGCCGCCGCCGCCCUUCAUCCCCAUGGAGCCCGUGCGGCACGCGCGCGUCGUGCGCAAGGUCGUCGUCAUCGAGGAGCCCGACUUCAAGCAGACGGCCAUGAGCGAGCCGCCGCCGCCCCUGUCGCGCGCGCCGUCGCUGGAGAGCGUCGCGACGGAGCGGGAGUCGCCGAAGGAGCGGGAGUCGCCGAAGAAGGCGGCCCGCAGACCGGCGGAGCGGACGCCCGCGCGGUCGAAGCGCCGCCUCAUCCCCCGCGACGACGCGUCGCCGCCGGAGACGCCGCUGGGCCCCAUGCCCGACAAGCUCGUCGACUCCAUGCGCGGCUGGAUCGUCCCGCCCAAGGACGAGACGGCCUUCUACUUCGAGACGGACGACCCCCGGUUGCGGCCGCCGCCGCCGCCGGCCGCGCCGGAGCGGCCCGCGGCCGCCGCGCUCGACCUGCUCCCGUCGGCGGCGGACCGCCUGACGAAGGCACUCAAGCAGGCCGACGCGAAGAAGCGCGAGAAGCGGCGGACGCCCCGGGACGACGACCGCGGCGGCGAGUCGAUACUGGCGCGCGCCGCGCGCGCGGUGCUCGAGCGCCGCGACGGCCCCGACGACGGCGGCGACGCGUCGCGCGCGGCGACGCCGCGCGACUGGGACUCGCGGCCGACGACGGCGGCGUCCGAGGCGAGCCUCCAGCUCGACGCGGACUCGCGCCUCGUCUUCCCCGACGGGCGCACGGUCGAGACGCGGGGCUACGGCGCGCCGCCGCCGGCGGCGCCCCUCGAGGCGGCGCCCGAGGACGCGCCGCUCCGAUCGGGCCGCACGUCCGCGCGGAGCGGCAAGUCGUCCGCGCGGUCGCGGCGCGCGUCCGCGUCGGACGCCGGCGACGCCGCCCCGGAGCCCGAGGACGACUUCAACCUGCUGUCGAUCCUGCGGCGCAACGCGAAGCGCCUCGAGCGCCUCGACGCCCUCGCCGGCGCCGCGGACGCCGCGGCCGCCGCGGCGCCGGAGGACCUCGACGACGCGCUCCACCGCCUCGUCGACGUCGCGAACGAGCCGCCUCCCGCGCGGUCGCCGCGGCCCGACUUCGAGGCGAGCCUGCCCAACGACGUCCGCUGGGCCGUCCUCGCGCCCGAGCCCGCGCUGCCCGAGCCGGCGAAGAAGCGGCGACCCCGCGCGGAGCCGUCGGCGUAA